GUUGGGUUGGAUGAGUGUCAUGACUGUGGCAAAUAAGUGGAGUCGCAUCAUAAGCUCGGCGCAGGUAAUGGCUACUCAGUACUCCCUCAUCCACGCUGCCGUCAAAACCCAUCCCAAAAAUUAAAAUUCAAAAAAAAAAAAAGAGCAUUUAUUGAACUCGUAGAGCUGAAAACCCCCAAAACCAAAUCAAUCGCGCUGCAGCCGAGAGGAAAAUGAGCGAAAUCGAGGAAUCGGGAAGAAGCUUAUGGCAUUCUGUGAAGAAGAGUUUUCAUCUCGACGAUUACUCCAAAAUUCUCAAUCCGAAUAGACCUUUGCCCCAUCGGAAUAGCGCCGCCGUCCAGCAAUUCAUCGCAUCUGAUCCCGUCCACGGACCUGCGCUGAAGGCUGCAGAGGGAGCAGCUGACUUUGCGUAUGUAGGUGCUGCUGUUGGAGCGAUUACAACUGGUGGAAAUGCUUGGAGGUGGUCAAAGAGUCCUCAUGGUACCGUGCUGUCCUUGGCUUUUGGAGCUGUAGUCGGGUUCACCUUGGGAGCUGAGGCUGCUAACCACUGGUACCAGUUAUAUAGGCUGGAUACAGUGGGAGCACAGGUUAAAUUCAAUGAAUGGUUGCAGAAGAGAGUUUGAGAAGAGUCUUGAAUUUGGCUUCCAUUGAAACACCCAAUGGAACGCCCCUUCUAGCAAUAAUAAGAGAUCUCAUCUUAAUGAUGGAAUUUUACAAUCAUUUGUCCUCUCUCUCUCUCAGUGUUUGUUCUUUCUUUUUUGCAUUUAGGAGUAAUGUUCUGUUUCUCCUAGAGAAUUGAAUAGUGUCUAUCUGUGUUCUUCCUUGGUGUUUUCUGUGUUCCGAGCUUUUUAACUACACUUAUCGGUUUAAUCUAUAAAAGAUCGAAAUAUCACGUGACA